AUGGAGCUCUUCGCCGACGUCGUCACGAAGACCGACGAGAACUUUUGCGCCCUAUGCACCGACGAGAAGGACUCGGCAAAUCUGGCAAGCCCCUCCACCACAAAGGGUCAUCCUUCCACCGUUGACUUCACUGUGGGUAACGAUACUGGUGGCAAGUCGAUCUACGACGCCAAGUUUACCGACGAGAACAUCAUGAGAAAGCACACCGGGACCUGUCGAUGGCGAAGACUGGUUCGGGGACAAAUGACACGCACUUUUUCAUCUGCACGACAAGGACGAAGUGGCUUGACUACAAGCACGUGGUGUUCGGGCAGGUGGUGGAGGAGUACGACAUAUUGA